AUGACAUCCACGCUCAAAGGUUUUGACGUAACUGACUUCGAAUACGAAAGCAAGGAAGCAGGCAUUCUCAUCCCGGCCUCCUUAUUAGCUCCCAAACAAUUGCAACCAGGCAAACACGCCGUGAUCAUCCGUUGGCAUGGCGGAUGUUUCAUCACAGGGCAUCGACUAUUCCCGCGAUGGUACGGAAGCUGGACACUCGAGCUGGCUCUGACAAAGUCUGCCAUCGUCCUGGCACCAGACUACCGCCUUCUUCCGGAAGCCUGUGGCCCAGACAUACUCCAAGACGUAAAAGGCUUCUACUCAUGGCUAGCGACAAAAGGAGGCAGACAUCUCGCCACGCUUCUGCCAGCAGGCAUCCAGCUCGACUUGCAGCAUCUUUUGGUAUUUGGAGAGUCUGCUGGGGGAUGGAUGGCGGUGCAGUCCGCCUUUUUACCUGAAUCACGAGCGAGCGUGGCGGCAGUUGUCGCGCGCUAUCCCAUGCUGGACUUGCGGGAUACGCACUAUUGCGAAGCCUACGAAAAAACCAUCUUUCACCCCCCGGCACUACCGCUGUCUCGUGAUAUAGCUGACAAGCAUGUCGCGGAGAUUGAAGGCCGUCCAGUCGUCACCUCCGCCUUUCCUCCCGAACGAACGCCACUCGUUGUAUCUGCCAUGCAACACGGUCUGUUGGGACAAUGGCUGGGUGAAGACAGCUCGCUGUAUCCCAUAGAUCUGCUCGACACUGAAAAAAUCGACACGCCGAUUUGGAUCUUGCACGGACUGGAAGACAAUGUCGUGCCAAUCGAGGGCACGUACAGGUUUGUUCACAAGCUCCGGACGACCUCGCCGGCCAACAAGAUUCACCUCACGUACGAGCCGGGCAUGCAUGGUUUUGAUAAUGAGGCGAACGCCACGCUCGAUACUGAAUGGGUCAGGUCAGGCUUGACUUUUAUUGGAGAUUUCUGGCCACGUGUUUGA